GGAAAAGAACACCACGUGCGUAGAAUCUCGUAUAAUUGUUUACGAUUUAACCGCAGCCGGUCACGACUUCAGUUUUAAACGAGGCAGCGAUCAACUUUUAUUCAGCCAUGUCAAUAAAAAAAUAUAUAUUCUAAGUGACAGAUUUGUUUUUAUUUAAAUGUGUAUUUGAUAUUUAGAUUAAAGAUCUGUUUGGUUUUUUUUUUAAAUAUAUUUCAGUAACGGUUUAAUUUCAAAUGUUGGGAAAAAACGCAAAACUGUUUUUCGCCGUGUCAUUGUGUAUCCUGUUAGUGGCUAUAGUACUAGCAUCAUGGGGUUUCCCGAAGAUCGUCCAGAAACAGAUACAAAAGAAUUUGCAGAUAGAAAAUUCGUCAGCAAUGUUCGAAAAAUGGCGCGUACUACCGGUACCGUUGACAUUUAAAAUUUAUGUGUUCAACGUGAGCAAUGCUGAAGAUGUCACCGAUGGCGCCAAGCCUAUAUUAAACGAAAUAGGUCCUUUUGUCUACAAAGAAUAUCGUGUAAAAAGGAUAUUGGGUUACGGAGAUAAUGACACGAUCAAAUACAUGUUGAAAAAAACAUUUCGUUUCGAUCAAGAAGCAUCAGGUAGUCUAAGAGAAGACGAAGAAAUCACGGUCAUCAAUUAUUCAUACAUGGCAGCCAUAUUAGCAGUCCUGGACCUAAUGCCGGCUGCUGUCACUCUCGUGAAUAGUGCUCUGAGUAGUUUCUUUCCAAAUCUGACCGAUCCGUUCCUACGAGUGAAAGCGAAGGACCUUUUCUUUGAUGGAAUAUUUCUCAACUGUGCUGGUGAAAAUGCAGCUCUAAGUUUAGUAUGCGGCAAGAUCAGGUUAGAGAAACCGACAACGAUGAGACCUUCUGAAAAUGAUGAUGGAUUUUACUUCUCGAUGUUUUCACAUCUGAAUACAACGGAAUCUGGACCUUACGACAUGAAACGCGGUAUUCAAAAUAUACACGAACUAGGUCACAUAGUCGCCUACAACAACAAGACCACAAUGAAACAGUGGGGUGAUCCAUACUGCGGUCAACUCAAUGGAUCAGACAGCUCUAUAUUCCCGCCGAUUGAAGGAAACCCACCAAAUAGGAUUUACACAUAUGAGCCAGAACUUUGCAGAUCUCUGUACGCGAGUCUGGUUGACAAGCGAGACAUUUUCAACAUAAGCGCUUAUUAUUAUGAAAUAGAUGAAAUGCUCCUCGCGUCUAAAAGUGCAAAUCCUGGCAACAAGUGCUUCUGUAAAAAGGACUGGAGUGAAAGUCACGAUGGGUGUCUUCUUAUGGGAGUACUAAAUCUUAACCCAUGUAAGAAUGCUCCAGCGAUUGUGUCACUUCCACAUUUCUACCUAGCAUCAGAUGAACUACUCGAAUAUUUUGAUGGGGGAAUCAGUCCUGAUAAAGAAAAACACAAAAGCUUUGCUUAUCUUGAUGCUACGACCGGUGUUGUUAUAAAGGGCACACAACGUCUCCAAUUCAACAUUGAAUUGCGAAACGUUAAAGCAGUCCCACAAUUAGAAAACGUGAAAACUGGACUCUUUCCACUUCUCUGGAUAGAAGAGGGCGCAGAAAUUCCAGAAGAUCUCCAACAAGAGCUUCACCAAGCCCACAAAAUGCUGUCCUAUGUAGAGGCUCUACGCUGGGUGAUACUAGGCUUAGCUGUGAUUUUGUGUAUAGCAAGUGCAAUGUGCGUAUCCCGCGCCGGGGGUCUUAACCCCUGGCCGAGGAACCACAAUAGUGUUAGCUUUAUAUUAAGACCAGGAAACACCGUCGAUAUUAAUAAAGGUCGCUAAGGGUUA